ACAUCCCAAUCCAUCCUCAACUACCGUCGGAAGCGAGUCAAGUAAAAAAAAUGCGGAAGCUAAUAAAAAACGGAGUGAAAACGAUGGUGCCUCAAAUUCCAGCCAGAGUUCUACAAAAGUUCUCGACCAGAAGUUUCUUUAGCAAAAGCAGUCGGGCUCGUGUUUUAAAGCCCAACCAUUAUCACCACAGUUCUCAAGAAUUGAAUUAUUAAAUAAACCGUGCGGUAACAGGCAGAGCAAGCAGCAUAGGAAAGAUGACCCACCUUUAAGUAAUGAAAAGUCGAAUGGCUUUUUUGUUUCCCGAUUAAAGCAACCAAACAUGGCUCCAACACUUCCAGUUCUCUCUCCACAUUCUCCGAUGAAUGCAAACUUAUACAUUAAUAGCCAGCAUACGCAACUUUCCGGGCGUUAUUUAAACAACAAAGUGUCUCAGCAAGUCGAUGCUAGUAGUGUUAGGCGAGUGGCAUCGAGCAGAUCUCUAAAGGACAGUCAAAAAGUUUUAUCUAUUUCAUCGACAUUAGUAUGCAAUUGUGAGAAGGAACAUUUUCAUCAUCAUCAGUCGAAUGGGUCUGACUCGGAAGCCAACGAAGAAAUCAAAAUUAAAUUAAAUUCAGAUACAGGUACUAAGCUGGCCAAUAGCGCCAAGAUCCAAGACUUGAAAGUAUGUAAGACAUCCGAAAAAAAUAAUUCCGCAAUAGACGAGUCUGCCAAGGGGUGUUUGCAAUUAAAUUGUGCUAUGGGAAAGGAUAAGAGAGCAGUGUCUCCAAGACUGUCAUUGCAUAAAAGUGGUUUUCAGCAAGCCAUCAUUAUUUCGGACGAAAGCGAGAUUACAAAAUCUCCGCGAGGUGCUAACAAAACAACGAGACAGCUCACCAGCAAUGCAGACAAUCAAUUUUAUCGUCAACUGACUCAUAAAAUAAGUAAAUCGGAGCAAACUUCCCCCAACAAUGUGGAAAUGGACAAAGCAAAUUUCUUAUACGACACGAACAAUAGAAGUACCAGUUGUUUGGUGAAUCCCUCAGAUCCCUGGGUUAAGAAUUCCGAUAUAAGAAGUGAUAUCUCAUCCAAAAAGGAAAAGCAUUUAAAUUCCCAACAGUACAUUGAUCCCUGGGUUCGACGGCAAGCAGAUGUCCCCGUGGAAGUCUCUCAGUUUCCCAAGAAGAAUAUCUAUCGCGAAAAAUCUCUCUCUUCCCUAAAUAAUAAACUUAUUUCGACCAGAACUGAAAAGGCAAAGGUUGUGAAGCCGCAACUGAAGCAUUCGAAGACGGCGCUGGACGAAGAUCACGUAUUUUUAAAUGAACCCGGACUGCUGUUUGCUCCAUUCUCACCGCCGCAUAAUAAAAAUAAAAACUGGUGCCUCGACCAAUCCCAUAACGAUCUAAAAGGAAAUAUACAAAGUAAAUCGGCAAGUGUUAUUCCAGACAAAGUAAAGGAGACUUCCAGUCCGUUAGCAAACCAUGUUAGAAAAUCUGUAUAUCAAAAUAAUAGUAACUUGCUUUGUCCAAACGAUCAAGCCAGAUCCUUACUUCAAGUAGAAAAAUUGCACUCUAGACAUAGCUCCCUAUCGAUUCCCAAUCAAACCAAUGACGAACUUCCGCUAAAUAUCCGUCGACUCUCCGAGCAGAUUCGUGAGCCGCCCUUGGAGCGAAACCUCCAAUUGUCCCUCAGCGAUCGGAACGUAAGCAAUAUGCCGCCAAGUGAAAGAUCUGGAGGCAGGGAACAGCAACCAAUACCCCAAAAGUUGGGCUUUCACAUUUCGGAUAAAAACCACGGUAAUAAAAUUAUGGCAAGCCAGCACGAAGACUUUAUCUCUUUAAAACGAGCCUCCAAAGAUUCCACAACUGUUAAUAUUGUAAAACCAUUUACGAGUACUCAUAAGCCUGAUCCACUUCUAGAAACCACCUGUUAAACCCCAUUUGCUAGAAACCCCGAGAGUCGAUAUUAAAGUGUCUCUGCAUUAGCUCAUUCAUAGAUCAUGAAAAUAUAACAAAACAUAAUAUACAUAUAUAUAAAAAAAACCACAACACACAAACAUAUACAUACUUCUUAUAUAUAUCAAUCGAAUCUAAAUAUGAGUAAUAAAUAACAACAAAAAAACGAAAAGAGAAAAAAAAAAACAUAAUAAAAACUAUUUUUAGUAGUAUCUUAAGUUUGAAAUUUUUACAGUGAUUUUGCAUUUAUAUUAAGUAACACGAUAAUGCCCUGCCACCAAUAGGGACAAGUUCUAGGCUUAAUAACAUUCGCAAGCAUAUAUAUGUGUGUAAUAGUGUAUUUUUUCCUCAUUUUAUUGUCAUUUUACAUAUUUGUUGUAAUACAUUUUAUAGUAAUAAAAUCUUUAUAAAGAGCUACAUGAA